GUGUCCGAAGCGGUCGAGUAAAGAUCCGAGAGUACAUGCAGCGUACGUGGAAUGGAGAAAAGAGAAAGUUGAGUUAGUCACGGGGAUGGGAAGGCGGCGAUUGGCUGGAGCGAUUACUGCCAUCCCGCUUAGUCACCUUUGAACUUUCCGAACUUCACUUUGACCAUCACGCCGCCGCGCAGGCCACCCGCUAUUACCGCCCCCCACGCUCAAUUGGCCCUCAGUCGGAGGUUGAAGGGCAAAAAUGAGCGUCUGCCGCCCCGCAAGAUGUCUCUUCACCAAAGCAGCAUCGACGACUCUUCCUAAACCACCUCCGCAACGCACUUUCCAUGCUUCCGCACCCAGACAAGCCCGCAAGAAGAGACCACAUUACCCGUCAAUAAAAGCCGACGACCUCAAGCUCCUCAACCAAGCGGCGGAAGCAGAAUACCCAAAGUACGAUACCGCAGAGACGACGCUCCUUGAGAAAAAAUACACCCCCUCGCAAAUCGCCGCCAUCAAAGCCGCAGAGUCUACAAUCGACGCACGAGAUGUCCUCACACAGGGCCAGCGAAGAACAGACCCAUGGCGUCUCAACUACGAAGACGACCUCGCGCAGGUAGACCCAGUAACAGACCGACCUGAGCGUCUGACCGGCGACGACAUUGAAGGCUCCAAAACCUUCCGCAUCGCCAACGAAGUCGAGCGCGACCAAAACAUAACCCGGUUAGCAACGGAAAACCUCGCCAAAAUGUAUCCCAACGGCAUACCAGAAGGCGAAACCGACGAGGCUUUGCAAAACGCUAUGGAUGCAGCCGUCACGCAAGCCACGCUGGACCCACGUGCAACCUAUACAUCGAAGAACCCCGCCGCUUUGCAAGCCUUGGGAGACGAGCGCCACUCCGUCAUCGCACCCGACCUCCCCCGUGUCGAAAGCCGCAUGGCCCGCCAAACACGCCGCCUCAAGACCGAAGAGGAAGAGGACCCCCGGCAAAAACGCCUCCUGCAAUACCUAGGCUGGGACAAGCAAAAAUUGCGCCAGAUCCGUGUCAAGACUUUGGUUGUCCACGGCGUCACGAACCAGACACGUAUGGGCAAGAUAAGAAGUCUGUACUACCUUACCAUAGCGGGAAACCAAGAUGGUCUAUUAGGUGUCGGCGAGGGUAAAUCCGUAGAACCAGAAGAAGGACGCAAGCAGAGUGUCAUGAGCGCGAUACGAAACAUGCGUCCAGUUCCACGCUACGAGAACAGGACGACAUUUGGAGAUUUGGAGACGAAAGUGGGCGCUACUCGCGUCCAGCUCUUUUCCAGACCACCAGGUUUCGGUCUCCGCGUCCAACAUCUCAUCUUCGAGCUCGCACGUGCAGCCGGCCUCCAAGACUUGUCUGCAAAAACCCCUCGUUCGAGGAACAAAAUGAACGUGAUCAAGGCGACAUGGGAGGCGCUUACAAGUCAGAAGUUACCAGACGAGAUUGCGAGGGCGAGAGGUAAGAAGUUGGUAGAUGUUAGGAAGGUCUACUAUGGUGGAUCUAUUCACUAGAAUUCAAUGCAGCAGAGUUGGAUUCUGUGACUAGUUGUUUUGUUAGAUAUGGACAGGGUAUGACUGAGAUGUAUCAUAUGCAUGGUAUGAAGUUGGGUGGAAAGGCUCAUAGAGAGCUUGUGUAGAUAUCUUGUAUCAUAUCACGUCAUCUUGCAUGUGUCCAUGUCUGCUUGAUGCGCG